AUGAAGAAAGGUAGGACAGCGAUUCAUGUUCUUGAUAACUUAAAUUCAAUUCACAAGGAAAACUUGUUGCAGAUUCUUCCUCUGUCUUUGGUGUUUGUUGGAAUGAUUGCCUUCAAUAACCUUUGCCUUAAACACGUUGGCGUAUCAUUCUAUUAUCUGGGACGUUGUCUCACCACUGUGUUCAAUGUGGUGUGUACCUAUUUGAUUUUGGGCCAGAAAACUUCCGCGCGAGCUAUAGGCUGUUGUUUCGUUAUAGUGGCCGGAUUUCUAAUGGGUGUCGAUCAAGAGGAUGCCUCAGGAACUCUUUCCGUUAUUGGGGUUAUAUAUGGUGUUUUGGCAUCGCUCUGUGUUGCUCUGAAUGCCAUCUACACGCAGAGUUCUCUUCCUAUCGUGGGCGACUCCAUUUGGCGAUUGACUAUGUAUAAUAAUCUCAACGCUUUGGUUCUUUUCCUACCUUUCAUGCUUUUCUUAGGAGAAUUCGGCGAACUACUGUAUUUCCCUCGAUUGUUUAGCCCAGUAUUUUGGAUGUGGAUGUCGCUGUCCGGUGUAUUUGGUUUUCUCAUGGGUUAUGUCACCGGUUGGCAGAUUCCAGGCCACUUCUGCCCUAACUCACAACAUAUCGGGUACAGCCAAGGCUGCUGCUCAAACUGUGAUGGCAGUAGUGUACUUCUCAGAAAUUAA